AUGGUCAUCUGUUCAAUCACAAUCAUCCUUCUAUCGAUUCUUCUCGCCGGCUGCACCUCCUCCAACGGCCUGAGCAAUGUGUAUUUGGUUUCCCUGCAAUACAGAAAUACCAGCACCUCAAUCCCUGAUGACCCCGUGCUGGUAAACCCCGGCAUUGUGGAAAAGGUCUACAAUGUCUCGCACGGCAAUAGCACGAUUCGCGAAGUGCGUGCCGGGUACAUGGGUCUCUGUUUGACCCUCAGCAACAGGGCGCAGUUGUGCUCUGGUAGUGCUGCAGCGCUGGCUAGCAUGGUCAAGGCCGAGGGGAUACAGGGCAACGACGCUGGCGCUGCCGACCCCUUGAAUCUGAUUUGGAUUGCGCAGAAUUUCAAAGAAAAGAUUGUGUUUGAUGGGUUGAUAUUCAUCACUGUGGUCUUGACCUUCUUGUGCUUUAUUCUCUUGGCCACAUUUCCAGGAUGGCACGAAGAAAUCGACGAGAAUGGUUCGGAGCGCGAGGUCAAGCCCUUCCCUUCUUGGCCGGUGAUGCAGGUUGCAAUGGGGUUGAGUGCGCUUGGGUUUAUGUUUGGCUUGGUCUCCAUUUUUUGGCAGCAUGUCAAUAGUAGUGCUGCGGUGACCAUGUCUGAGAGUCUCACGUAUGGGGCCAUCGAGGGCCGUGUGGGCACGGCGGCGAUGAUUCUCGGCUGGGCUGCUGUAGUCUGCUCGGGGAUCGUUGCCUUGGCAUUGCUGAUCAUGAUUUUGAGUAUUCGAAUACUUAGGGAGUUGACUGAUGAGGAGUAG